AUGUCAAAUACUAUCGACGAAAAGGACAAGAUUAUUCUCUCUUUGCGGGAAGAAAAUAAGAUAUUGUGGGAACGUUUAACACAAUUUGAGACAAUGCAUGCCAUUGUUGCUGCUAAUAAACCUUCUCAUACAGUGCUUUCAGCACUUGAAAAGGAACGUGAACACUUGGAACGUUCUACAAAGCCAAUGCGGUUUAAGCGUUCUUCUUCAAUUCCAUAUGUUGAUUUACCAACAUACCCUUCACGACCUCACUUUGAGAAGGCUGCUGAACAUCCCAGUACGCAACUUGUCGUAUUUGAUGGUUGUCCUAAUGAUCCUUAUCAUCCUUCAUCUAUGCCUAUAUAUCAAACUUCUACCUUUGUUCAACCUGAUAUUACCGAAUUUGGACCAUACGACUAUACACGAAGUGGAAACCCAACCCGAACUGCCUUGGAAACUCUUACAGCAAAGUUAGAGGGUGCUCACUCCGCCUUUGCCUUUACCUCCGGUAUGGCGGCCCUUCAAACAGUUGUGGCUACACUUGAUGCUGGAAGUGUUAUAUUGGCCAGUUCAGAUUUGUAUGGUGGUAUGUAUCGACUUUUAACCCAAGUGGCUAAUCGAAUGGGUAUCGAUGUGGAAUUUGUUGAUACAUGGGAUUUAGAAGCAGUAAAAUCUAAAAUGUCAGAGCGUGUGAAACUACUACAUAUUGAAAGUCCGACAAAUCCGCUUAUGCGUAUUGCAGACAUCAGGGCUCUUUGUGAGAUUGCUCAUAAGAAUAACGUGAAGGUAUCAAUAGAUAAUACCAUGAUGAGUCCUGUGCGAUGUACCCCAAUUCCUCUUGGAUGUGAUUAUGUUAUUCAUAGUGCAACCAAAUUCCUUUGUGGACACAGUGAUACUAUGGGUGGUAUUGUUUGUGUUAAAAGUGAAGAUCUUGCUAAACGAGUGGCAUUUCUUCAAAAUGCACAAGGUAAUGCACUGAGUCCAUUUGACUCAUGGUUGCUUCUACGCGGUUUAAAAACACUCUCUAUACGUGUGGAAAAACAAGAAUUAAAUGCUGUUGCAGUGGCUCUAUUCCUCAGUCAUCAGACACAUGUAGUCAAACGAUUACAUUACCCCGGUAUUAACCCGAAACUCUAUCCAGAUGUUUCUAGUCUCACCGAGAAGGAUUUUGAAACUCACCGUUCACAAGCAUCCGGUCCAGGAACUGUUCUUUCAUUUGAGACUGGUGAUACAAAACGAUCACACCGUUUUGUACGUGCAUUAAAAUUAUUUAAAUUGACAGUGAGCUUUGGAAGUUGCAACUCCCUCGUUGAGCUUCCUUGUUUACUCUCACAUGCAUCCAUACCGAAGGAGAAGCAAACACUCCCGCGUGACAUUAUUCGUCUUUCAAUUGGUAUUGAACAGAUUGAAGACAUAGUCGCGGACAUUGCUCAAGCAAUCGAUGUGGCAGCGGAAGAAGUAUCUUCAGACUCAACUGAUUGCUCCUGUUGA